CCAACCAUAGAAGAAUGCCAAAUCAAGAACAAGGUAACCUGUCCCAUCACCCCUUGUGAUCAAGUAUUUCAUUGUGAAUCAAAUUUGAAAAUGCAUUUAUCAAAAACGCAUCAAUGUGGCGUUAUCACGAAAUCCUCGAUUGAAAAGUGGUUUUUUUUGCCCCAUUAACGGGUGUGUUUGGAGCCAGGCCAAGCAUUUCCUAAAUAUGAAAUGUCUAAGGCAGCAUUACCUAAAAGUCCACACAGAAAAGACCUUUAAAUGUAUUUCUUGUUUGAAAUGUUUUCCCUCCAGGAGCAUUUUAAUUGACCAUCAAAAGUUUUGCCAAACACAUUUCCAGUGCCUGGAGUGCAAUGCCUCAUACAGUUGUUAUUUCACCUUAAAGACACAUUCCAGACGGAAGAAGCAUAGGAUACUAAAAAAACAAGAUUAUAAACCUUUGAAUCUCACUAAGGAUAUGACCUUUCAGGGGAUUGACACUGUGGAAAAGAAGUCUCAAAGCAUAAUUCAAAUUUUAAGUGAGAGCAGUCAAACAGAAUUUAGACCUAUCCGAAUCACCCAACACACUCAAACUGGUUGCAGAAAUAUUGUAAUCACUUCGGAGACACAAACUGAAAGACCUAUUUUAACAAAUGUUGAUGACAAUUUAAGAAAUGUGACAACACAAACUGACUUAGUUGAGUCAAAGGAAACUUCAUGCAACACUUCAUUUGAUAUAAGGGAAUUUGAGGCUACAUUUAGGGAACACAUUGAAAAAAGCUCAUUUGGAACACAGACUCAACAUUUAAAAAAUGAUAUAUUUGUGGCAAAUCAUGGUUCUAUAACCACAGAUACUUCAGAUUUGUUAUCUGAUUCUCUCAGCAACUUUGAUACAAACUUUUUCAAUUGCAACACAGAAACUCAAACUGAUUUGAUUUUUGACAAUGAAAUGCUAAUGUCUGAUUAUUAUUCUAACAUGCACACGCAGACAUGUGAUGAGAUCCUUCAGGAUUUAAAUGGUUUUAAUGACAUUCAGACCCAAACUGGUUUGCAGGACAGUUUCAGAUCUGUGGAAAGUCAGACAUUGAUGUCUACUUCAGAUAAACUUUGCCCAAAUAUCUUGAAAGAUAUUGUACAUUCUGAGACACAGACUGAUGUGGAAUUUAGACAGAUGCUUGAAAUAAUAAACUCUUGACUGUAAUGAAAAUUUUUUUGUUAUUUAUUUUUAUUUUUGGUUAUUUGUUAUUUAUUUGAGUCAUUUUAAUGUACAUAAUAAUAAAUAUUAUCAUUUAAUAAAAAUAUUUUAUUAUUA